AGUGCCAUCUACAGUAGUCAUAUGGUGAUACAUCGAUAAGACAGUGGCAACAAUGGAAACAUUUUCCAAAUAAAUAAGGUUAACACUAUUUUUUUUAUAUUAACUAAAAUGGAAAAUCUUAUUCUUUUAUCCGUUUUUAUGAAAUAAAGAAUCAGAAAUAUAAUAAAAAUGGAAAAACUACUUCAUACUAAUAUAAAAACAAUUUCAAGAUUACUUUUCGAUGGUACUAUAAAACCUACGGAACUAACAAACUUGGCGUUAAAAAAAGCAGAAGAUAUCAAACAUUUAAAUUCAUUUAUAUCUAUAACAUCAAACCAAGCUAAGACGCAAGGAGAAAAAUCGGAAAAGCGUUUUACCGAUAGAAAACCAAUUUCAGAAUUAGAUGGUGUUACAAUAGCAGUCAAAGAUAAUUUUUGUACACAAAAUAUCAAGACAACAUGUGCCUCGAAAAUGUUGGAAAAUUUUGUGCCAACUUACAAUGCUACAGUGUGUCAAAGACUUUUUGAUGCAGGUGCGGUUUUAAUAGGAAAAACAAACUUAGAUGAAUUUGCAAUGGGAAGUGCUACAACUGACUCAAUAUACGGACCAACGAAAAAUAUUUGGAGGUAUAAAAGUGAGAAUUUUUUUCUUUCAGGAGGUAGUAGUGGAGGAAGUGCUGUAGCUGUUGCUUCUGGUGUAUGUUUUGCAGCUAUAGGUUCAGAUACAGGUGGUUCAACAAGAAAUCCUGCUUCAUAUUGUGGAGUUGUAGGAUUAAAACCUACUUAUGGGUUAGUUUCUCGUUGGGGCUUAAUUCCAUUGGUAAAUUCAAUGGAUGUACCUGGUAUUUUGGCAAGAACAGUCGAUGAUGUAGUAUCUGUACUUAAUGUUAUUGCAGGUUUCGAUAACAAAGAUUCCACAUCACUUACAAAACCUUACAAUAAAAUUAGACUGCCCCCAGCUACAAAAAUGAGCAUCAAGGGCCUCAAAAUCGGUAUUCCUAUCGAAUAUAACUCUGAACAUGUUAGCGAAGAAGUUUUAGAUACUUGGAAUGAAAUUGCAGCUCUAUUACAGUCUCACGGAGCAGUAAUAAAAAAGGUAUCUAUGCCUCACACUGAAUACAGUAUCGUUUGUUAUUCUAUUUUAAAUCAGUGUGAGGUGGCUAGCAACAUGGCUCGAUAUGAUGGUAUCGAAUACGGUUUCAGAGCUAAUGAAGAAUUAUCUACGGAAAAAUUAUAUGCUGCUAGUCGUAAAUUGGGUUUUAAUGAUGUUGUUAAAAAUAGGAUACUAUGUGGAAACUACUUUUUAUUAACCAGAAAUUAUGAUAAAUAUUUUACACAAGCUCUUAAAAUUCGAAGAUUGAUUGCGAACGAUUUCCAUAAUGUAUGGAAUGAUGUUUCUUUAUUGUUGACGCCAACAACUUUGUCAGAAGCCCCAUCGUAUAAAAGUUAUAUAGAAAAUUAUGACCCAUACAAAAACGCUUUCGAAGAUUUUUGCACGCAGUGUGCAAAUAUGGCAGGUGUACCAGCAGUUUCGAUACCAAUAAAAUUGUCCAAAAACGUUUUACCACUAAGUCUUCAAUUAAUGGGACGAAAUCUAAGCGAACCGAUGUUAUUAGCAGUAGCUAAGUAUAUUGAAAAUUUGGUAAAAUUCCCACAUUUCCAAUACGAGUUAUGAUCAUAUGCAAAAAGAUUGAAAGGAAAGGUAUAAUAAACAGUAAAACAAAGAAUAAGAGAAGAAAAGAAAAAAAUCAUGGUUUUACCUCAAUUUUUUUCAAUAUUGUUCAAAUUAACCAUGUGUUGUUAUAUUCAUGUUCCAGUUUUUAAAAAAUUGUUUAAAAAUUAAAUUAAAACUCAAAAGAUUCUUCUACCCCUUUCUGUAUUGUAGAUUUUUCCUCAGAAAUGAUCACCAUCUUCCUUCUAAACACCACCAACUCAUUUUUGGGUAAUAAGUACUUUUGGAACUCUGUUAUAUUAAAGGGCAAUUCUCCCUUUUCCUUACUGGACAAAAAACUACUGCAAUAUUAUAAAAUGUUUACUUUGAAGUAGGUACAAUUGAACAAAUACAAAAAAGUAUGUUAAAUAUAAAUAAUACAUUCGAUAGAUGUAGAUCUAAAAACCUAUUACCAAUUUAAUAAAAAUUAUUUUAAAUUACACGAAACAAAAUAUAUAUAUAAGUAUGUAUAUCGAACAAGAGGAUAUCACAAUCAAUAAAAAUUAUGUAUUAGGCUUUUGGCAGUAAAAUUACAUACAAAAAAUAUAUAAUCAAAAAGAAAGUAAGGAAAAGUGCUGUAAUAGUCAAUAGGAAGAAAUCUAACAAAAAUUUAUAAAACUAUAUAUAAUUUUGGUUGUCAAAGUUAAUUAUCACGCAAAGAACCAAAUAAACCAUAUUACGAUAAAUAAAA